AUGCCAUACACUAUAGGUGAUCGGAAGAUUAGAGUCUCUCUAGAUUUGACAGAGGAGGAUCAAGAUCUACUUCUACAGAACUCCCAAAUCUUUAAAUACUGUUUAAACAAUGCUGUUCUCAAAUAUCUCAUCAAUUUGAAGACGAUUGUACACUUGUACUCCGACGUGUUGACGGUGUACUCCACGUUGUUGAAAAAGAUUCCCCAAUAUGACGACAUAACUACCAUGGCCAACGAAUGCAAGAAUAAUAUCCUACAGUUGGAGAACGACUUCAAUGAUAUAUUUGGUAAGGAUACUAUGGAUGAGUCGACCUAUAACAACAUGAGCGGUGCCACCAAUGGUUCCUCAACGAGUACAAAUUUCAGACAAAUUGAGCUCCAAUCAUACGAACACAACAUAAGACCGUCGGUGAAUUUAAUUUUGCAUUCAACACUACACACGUUUGAGUUUGUCAAUAAAACUCUUCACUGCAUUGAAGUAUUCUUCACAUCUUUCAGUAAUUUGAAAAAAUUGUUGGUUCCAUACUUGAAACAACAAACGAGUUCAAUUAUACGGUCACUCAGGUCUGCUGAUGAGCUUUUCCAAGUAUCUUUGAUUGUCGACAAUAUACCAUACAGUUUUGAACCGUCAGUGUGGCGUCAGUUACUAGAGAUUGAAAGAGUGACAAGUAGCAUUGAGCGAGAGUCCGUCACACUUCGUACAGCGUUCUGCACAUUUGAGGCCUCGCUAGAAGAGGUCUCGCUACAAGGUGCAUUAGAGAUUGCGCAAGAAGAAACUUGUGGUGAAGGUCAAAUUGGGCCGCGAUUCCAGUCUGGCAAUGCUGUAGCAUUAUUGUUUUUCAAAAUAUAG